UGAGGUUAUCUCGGUAGUUGCUGAUAACGCAAGCGUGUAGCAUGUCCCGGUUUGAACUCGUGUUUGUGCUUUCUCUUGUCGUGUGAUCGAAGUUUGGUUAUCUUCGCGUCAAAAUAUCUCGAUAGUAGCAAUUUCUGCGUUUUCGGUGUCUUUAUUUUGUGAAACUCUGGUCUUGUACAGUAAUUUUAAGGUUUAGGAUGCAUGAUUCCGGCUUAAGUACACGCCAUGGUGCUGGAUCAUCUGACUCGUCUGGAAACGACGUUUCCAAUUCUUCAGAGGCCAGAAAACACUCUGAAACCAGAAUUCAUGCUGUAAAUUUUCUAGCUGGGACGAUAGGAGGUGCAGCUACCGUUUUAGUAGGCCAGCCCUUGGACACGGUAAAAGUAAAAAUGCAAACCAGUCCAACUGAGUUCAAAGGAAUGACAGAUUGUCUCAAGAAAAUUUACCGAUUUGAAGGACUAAGAGGUUUAUAUGCCGGAUCUAUGCCAGCAGUAACUGCCAAUGUAGCCGAAAACUCUGUACUUUUUUUAUGUUACGGUGCAGUCCAAAGAUCAGUCGCCUACUGCUGUGGUUACAAGACAACAGAGGAACUAGGAAUAUUUGGAAACGGGAUGGCAGGGUGCUUUGCUUCGUUUUUUUCCUCUUUCACUCUUUGUCCGACUGAAUUGAUCAAAGUUCGUCUACAGGCAGCUCAAGAGACAAAAGCUUCAAACAAAUCUAGUCAGAAUGUAAAGAUCAAUGGAUUCACCUUAACACGACAAAUCUACCGAGAGGAAGGUUUCAAAGGAUUCUUUCGAGGUAUAGGCUCCACCAUUGCUCGAGAGAUGCCUGGAUAUUUUUUUUUCUUCGCAGGAUAUGAAGGAACCAGACUUCUUCUAGCACCACCAGGAAGACCUAAAGAGGAGUGCGGCCCACUAGGAACAAUAGUUGCGGGUGCUGUUGGUGGCUUAAGUUUGUGGACUGUCAUAUACCCAUUUGAUCUUGUCAAAUCUAGAACACAAGUUCAGACAACUGCGACAAAAAAUUUUGUCCUCGUCAUGAUUGACAUUAUCAAAGCUGAAGGCGUGCAAGCUCUGUACAGCGGUUUGCGACCAUGCCUAGUCCGAACAAUUCCAGCCUCAGCUGCCUUGUUCCUGGCUGUGGAGUACACCAAAAAAUUCCUUUUGCCUUCGUAGUGUUGAUCCAGUAAUGUUUCUGAGUCUUAUCUAUCACUACCCACCUAUUUUCACAAACUUUCCAUGCACUCUUGUAAAUAAUCUUAGCUGUUGUAGGUAAGUAACUCAGAAUUCAAAUCGCUCCGUACUUUUGAAUAGUUACCAAAGUUUGCUGUCAGAUCAAAGGUUAAUACUUAUAAAUUUUGGUGCUGAAUGAAGUGCUGUGGAACAGCUGAAAUCUGCCGUGCUGAGGAAAAACGCCGCAUAAAUCUGCAGGCGUUGCCUAAUUUCCCUCGAUAAAUCGCGAAUUUCUUGAUAAACUUGUGAUUAUUUUCCUUCCAAUUUUUCAGAUAAUUUUGUUCGCAAUUUCACUUGAAAUACCUGAAAAUUUCAAGGAAAAAUCUUCAUAAUGUUCUGUAAAAAUGAACAUUUUAUCGCAGGAAAUUUGGCAACUUUUGAAUGUUCAUACGGCGUUCUUCCCUAACACGGCAGAAAUUAAAAAAAUAUUUUAUUCAAAGCUUUAAGCAAGCUUGCCUAAAUGAAACUGAAGUAUUCACACUUUUACAAAUUUUUAAAAUUACUCUGAAAUCAAGAGCUUUUGUUUACUGACUACCUCACAGAAUGAGGUUUUCUGCGAAUUUCCAUCAUUUUGCGUAAAAGUUCAAGUAUAAUUUUUACAAGUUUCAUGGUGUGAAGAGAAGAUAUCUGAUACCGUUCUAUGAAAAUAUUUUCAUGCUCUUGUAAGAUGAUCAUAUUCAUUGUAGAUCAUCUGUCAGCUAUUGUUGUGCUCAAAUUCUUCAUAAUUCUGAAGAAUCACAAAACUCUUAAUUUUAUUUACUGACUCGAGCUUUUGUCCCUCUUAAACGUUGUGUGCAACUAGUCGUAUUGUAAAGGGGACAUAAACCUGAUUCAAGUAUGUAAGACAGAUUUGAAAACGUCAUUUUCUACAUAAA